UGAGGUAACGCGGAGCUAGACGGUGGACUGUUGCCGCCGUGGUGGGAGUUGUUGAUAUCAAAACUAACAAAAUCUUUCCUCUUUUUGUGAAGCCCUCUUGGACCGUAAUCUAUCUCAAAACUCGUGUGCACCAGCGGGGAAGCGAAUAUCAUUUUUGUUCGCUGUUCAACCGCCAAGCGACCGCGGCGAGUCAAGUGGGAACUCUUCUCAGCAAUUAACUUGUGUGGAUUUGUUUCUAUUUCUUUGACUAUGAACCGACCGCGUUGCGGCUGCUUGCACGUCUGCGCUUGGGUCUGGUGACUUGAGUUUUCCUUGUUUGCUUUUAUUUGUUUGUUUGGUCGUCUCUCCCUGUUUGGAAUACAUCGGAUCCAAUACAAAAUACAAACACGGGAGUGACUGAAGUGGCUCUGGUCUUUCAUUCUCACCUGGUUUAUCCUCCCCUCCCCCUGCCUCCAGCUAAUGACCCGUUUCCUGUGUUUUUCCGGUUGAUUUACGGCCGUACGCUCGCUGGAGCGAGGAGAGCGAGCAAGUGAAAGAAACGGAGAGAGAAGAAGCGAGGAUUCACAUUAAUCGGCUGGUCAAAUCGGAGGGUGCGCCGGGGCGGUCGGCUGGUUUUGUUUGAAAAUAACCGCCGUUGGUCUCACAUUAACAACCAAAUCACAGCGGAUGGAUUAGUUUCCGUGAUCCAGAGCGUCCACCAACCUCAGGUGCCCAAUUUUCAUCCCCUGAAACGGGGUUUUAAGCAGGAAAAGGGCAAAUCCCCUCGGAGAUAACGAUGUUUCCCCAGGGGCGACAUCCGACGCCCCACCAGGCUCCAGGGCAGCCCUUCAAGUUCACCAUCCCAGAGUCACUGGACCGCAUCAAGGAGGAGUUCCAGUUUCUCCAGGCACAGUACCACAGUCUUAAGCUGGAGUGUGAGAAGCUGGCCAGUGAAAAGACAGAGAUGCAGAGACACUAUGUCAUGUACUAUGAGAUGUCAUAUGGCCUCAACAUCGAAAUGCACAAACAGACUGAGAUUGCAAAGAGACUAAACACCAUCUGUGCACAAGUCAUCCCGUUCCUCUCUCAGGAGCAUCAACAGCAGGUGGUCCAAGCUGUGGAACGGGCCAAGCAGGUGACUAUGGCAGAGCUUAAUGCUGUCAUCGGGGUACGUGGACUACCAGGUCUUCCACCUACACAGCAGCAUCUAUCUCAUACCCAUGGUGGUGGUGCCCCUGUGCCUCUCACUCCCCACCCUGCGGGUCUCCACCCCUCUCAGUUGGGGGGAUCAGCUGGUCUGUUGGCUCUGUCAGGUGCUCUUGGUGCUGUGCCCCCACAUUUGGCAGGCAAAGAUGGCGUGGAUAAGAAGCCACACCCAGCAGGACCAGAGCCCCACCCUGCAGGACCUGAACACCUGAGGGAGCGAGAGCCCGGAACAAGUAACUCAUUGUUACCAGAUGGUCUUAGGAAUUCAGACAAGCGGCGCAAUGGACCAGAAUUUCCUACUGACACCAAGAAACGCAAAGUGGACGACAAGGACUCAAGCCACUAUGAUAGUGAUGGGGAGAAAAGUGACGAUAACUUAGUGGUGGAUGUCUCGAAUGAGGACCCAGCCUCUCCUCGUGGUACGCCACUCCCCUCCCCAAGAGAAAAUGGCCUGGAUAAAGCACGUCUCCUCAAGAAAGACCCCUGUAGCCCAGCCUCCACUGCAUCCUCAGCUAGCUCCUCCUCCCUUAAGUCCAAAGAGAUGGCAAUGCGAGACAAGGCAGGUACACCUGGGCUGAAAUCAAGCACACCCACCCCUAGAGGUGACUCCACCCCCGGGCCGAGCUCCACCCCUGGACUCCGGCCAAGCCUAUCAAAACCCCCCUCAAUGGAAAUGCCACAUCCACCUACUGCAGGUCUGCGGACCCCCUUGGCUGUCCCAGGACCAUAUCCGGGUGCGUUUGGUAUGUUGCCCCAUGCAGCAGGGAUGAAUGGAGAGCUGGCUGGUGCAGCCGGAGCUGCGGCCUAUGCUGCUGGACUUCACAACAUGUCUCCUCAGAUGAGUGCUGCUGCUGCCGCCGCUGUGGCUGCAUAUGGCCGCUCACCCAUGGUUGGUUUUGACCCCCAUCCUCACAUGCGAGUCCCUGGAAUGCCACCUAGCCUAACAGGCAUCCCUGGAGGCAAACCAGCUUACUCCUUUCACGUGGCAGCAGACGGCCAGAUGCAGCCGGUACCCUUCCCACCAGAUGCUCUGGUGGGGCCGGGGAUCCCUCGCCACGCUCGUCAGAUCAACACACUGAACCAUGGUGAAGUGGUAUGUGCCGUCACCAUCAGUAACCCCACCCGGCACGUGUACACAGGGGGGAAGGGUUGCGUCAAGGUCUGGGACAUCAGUCACCCAGGCAACAAGAGCCCGGUGUCACAGCUCGACUGUUUGAAUCGGGACAACUAUAUUCGCUCCUGCCGUCUCCUUCCGGAUGGUCGGACACUGAUCGUGGGAGGUGAGGCCAGCACACUGUCCAUCUGGGACUUGGCCACACCCACUCCAAGGAUCAAGGCAGAGCUGACAUCAUCAGCACCAGCAUGCUAUGCUCUGGCCAUUAGCCCAGACUCCAAGGUCUGCUUCUCUUGCUGCAGCGAUGGAAACAUCGCAGUCUGGGACUUACACAAUCAGACACUGGUUAGGCAGUUCCAGGGCCACACAGAUGGAGCCAGCUGUAUAGACAUCUCCAAUGAUGGCACCAAGCUGUGGACUGGAGGCCUGGACAACACUGUGCGCUCCUGGGAUCUGAGAGAGGGCCGGCAGCUCCAGCAGCAUGACUUCACGUCACAGAUCUUCUCUCUCGGCUACUGUCCUACUGGAGAAUGGCUUGCUGUAGGAAUGGAGAGCAGCAAUGUUGAGGUUCUACAUGUCACCAAACCUGACAAGUACCAGCUUCACCUCCAUGAGAGCUGUGUCCUCUCCCUGCAGUUUGCCUACUGUGGUAAAUGGUUUGUGAGCACAGGGAAAGACAACCUACUGAAUGCAUGGAGAACGCCCUAUGGAGCCAGCAUAUUCCAGUCAAAAGAAUCUUCCUCAGUGCUGAGCUGUGACAUCUCCGUGGAUGACAAGUACAUCGUCACUGGUUCAGGCGACAAGAAGGCCACAGUUUACGAGGUCAUCUACUGAUAAAGAGAGAAAGAAAGGAGAGAAAGAGAAAGAAAUUCCCUCAUGGGCCCAGAAAUUGAAAGAGAAGAAUAACCUUGACAGUACAUUUCUUUUCCUAUUAUAUCUACUAAGGAAACACAGAAAAGAGAGGUACAUUUUCCAUGCACAUAUCCAAUCCAUAGCAAUUGGAAACUAAUGGGAGCAACUGGAUAUUAAUGGAAGCAGAGAAACUGUGACAUUGGGGUGUUCAUUUCUCUGUACGGCUUUCUACAAAGGACUGCACUGGGAUCAGUUACUGGGACCAGACACUGACUGAACCAAAGGGGCUCUCCAUUGUUUUAACUGGGACCAGCUCUUCAGGAGAACGUUGUAUUGAACAUUAGAUAGUAAGCGCACACAUUUGUGUGUGACAUGACGGGGCAGAGACCCUAGAACAAAAGAACAUGUUGGAUGAAAGCAUAAAUGAAUGGCAGACACAACAAAAGACAAAUCUAAUGAGAGACUAAUCGAGAGAGAGGGGAGAGUCCACAGCAGUUGGGUUCAUGGAUUAGGACUGUAGAGAUCAUUAAUGCAAAAGAUGUUGUUAGCUUUUUAUUUAGUUCCAGACAGAGAAUGUUCAGAGCCUUUUGACCUCUCAACUCUGACCCUGACUUUGACCUUGUGACCUCAGCCUGCUGUUUUUGAUAGCCUACACUAUGUCUUGAGUAGUGCAAAGUGCAUUCACUGUCCUAACAGUACUAUUCACACUAACUGUACACUGUAGUGUUAGUAACCUACCUGCUGCUUAAUAGGCGCAAACAGUACAUAAAAAUAUGAAGUUGCUACAUGACAGUUUCAAUAUGCUAGGUUCAAACCAUACAGAAGGCCAAACACUGAUUUAUGUGAUUUCUGUUCAUUUGAUUUGAUCCUCAUUCAUGAGGGACAGCGCUGUGGAUAAUAUUUUCCCAUUUUCUACCCAUCCACCAAAAAUCAUUUCCAGUAUAUUGAAAAAAAUUGCUUACCGAACCAAAUAAGCUUACAGAUCAGGAGAUCACACACAAGCCAAGGCCCCAUUCUGGUUGCCCUUUGUGUUCCUUUAUCCCUUUGAUAGCCUUUUCUGACCUCCAUUCCUUUAUUUUCCAGGUUUUAAGAUCAAUCAUGAGAAAAGUAAAUGGGGAAGGACACAGAUGAAAUGAAUAAAAGCUAGAUUUCCAUUUAUCCCCCUUGCCAUCCUAUACUUCCUUCACUUCUUUGUAAUGUACCUCUUCAGCACCUUCAUUUCCUUCCUGCCUUGUCUUCUUUCCCCACAUAAUUUAGUGUCAUGGGUUUUGAUGUCCUAUAAUGUGGUAUGGCUGAAUUUGAGGGUUUGAUCUCCAGGACAAGAUGCGGAGGCAAAGCUAGAUUUGGAAGAAUAAGGAGAGAAGCAACAGAAAGGUUGAAUUUACACAGAAUCAGGCAAUCAGGCUAUUUGCCGUAGUGUCGUCCAGCAGUGCAGGCGUGUCAUUACAUUGCCCGUCUGUCUGCUGUCUGCCAGCUCAGUCUGAUCGCCGGCUUAUUUGAUUGACCACCGCUGUGUGUUAUUGGAUUGCGUUCUGGCAAAAGUUGAAUCUGGUUCAGCUUCUUGCAGGAGUUGGACACCCUGCGGCACACACUGCUGGAGCCUAAAUGCACUACCCUGAUUCAAAGUGAAUGGGUGGAGCUGCCUUUCUCUCAGAUUGCCUGAUUCUGUGUGAAUUCAGCCUAAAACUAGAAGUCCUCAUAUUGAUCCCAUCCUUUCACUGUCCCCUGUUAUCCUUUAACCUCUGUAUUCCUGCAUGUGCAGCAGUCUGGCUCCAUCUUAACUCUACUACAUAUCAGUCAGUGGACCACAAAACAUUUGAUUCUUGUGCAUUUUGGGACUGAUAUUGAUAUUGGCCUCAGAGCAUUUGAUGAUUUUAUUGACACUUUGAAGUGGCCCAGUAAUCUUUACUUGAUUGUGCUGUGAAAAGGUCUUGAACCACUACCUGUAAUUGUUUUUCUCAGCAGCAUAAACACUCCCAGGGCUGAGUUUAAAUUCAGAAAAUUUUAGAUGAAUUUGAAUUUUACACACUAAUAUCACAUUUAAAUUAAAUUUGUGAAACUAGAAUCACUCAAGUGAAAUUCAAAGCACUUCAUUUGUUUGCGUGUUUCCCCUCAGUCUGCUCAGUGUGUGAGGCUUCCAUGUUGUAAUCAGUCAUUUGAAUGGUUUUGAAUAUAAUUCCUUAUUUCCUUGAUUCAUAUUCAACUUCUGCUGUUUUGAAUUUGCCCCCAACCCUGCCUUUUCUCAUUCAUCAAAACACAUGAUGUCUUACUGGCCUGAUGACUGUCGUACUUCACAAGCAGUGAACCAAUUCUACCCUUCAAAAGAAGGUUCAUCCAAACAAUCAAUUCAGUAUUGCUUUAUCUCAAAAUCCUAUUUUUUUAGGUGAAAAACCUACAACCUUUUACCAACAUAUUCUCAGAACAAGUGGCAAUAUCUUAGUGCAUCAGUGUAGCUUAGGAUGUUGUCACUUUUAUCAGCUAAUACUCUUGAAACAAAUUAAUUUGAUUUAAAAGUAAACCUGCCAUGCUACAUUUUUAAUGGAAAAAAAAAAACAUUUAGGACUAAAUGCAAGCCUGAUUAUUUGUGAGGAUGGACUUACUUUUAGAGGGUGCAAAUGGUAUUUCAGCUUGAGGAUGUAGUCAGUCUGUGUCAGCCAUUUUAAACUAAACUAGUUUCAUGACCUUUUUUUCUUUCGCCUGUCUGUUGAAGAAUUGUACAAAAUGUAUAUAUUUGUUUUUGUUUUGUUUUUCUUAACUUACAUGCUUUAGAAAUAAUGAACUGUUUUUUGUACGUCUUUUACAUGGAAAAGAAACAUCUAACCAGGAGAAACACUAAAUGGUCUUAAUGCUAGCUAAUAUAAAAUGAUUGAAAUGUGUAGACAAUAAAUGUUUUUUUUUUUGUAACUCAA